AUGGAUUCCAUCUCGACAGCGCUUAGUCGGCGUCAAAAUCACGCCGGCAAUGGCCAAGUUCCUAUCUGUAACACUGGCAAUGAAUUCAACGGCGACAUGGCACUACGCAUCUCUGCGGUGUUUGUCAUGUUGAUUGGCUCACUGCUAGGUGCCCUCGUUCCCGUCCUGGCCCGACAGGACCCAUAUGCCGAGAACACUCGAAAAUCACGCAUCCUCGCCUGGGUUUUUUUCGUCGCGAAGUUCUUCGGCUCUGGCGUCAUCAUCGCUACGUCUUUUAUCCACCUGCUCGCUCCCGCCCAUGAGGCACUGAGUAAUCCGUGUCUUACUGGGCCCAUCACAUCAUAUUCCUGGGUUGAGGGCAUUCUACUCAUGACUAUUAUCACCUUGUUCUUCGUCGAGCUGAUGGUGAUGCGAUAUGCCCGCUUUGGUCAAGGCGAUGAACACCCUGCACCAAAUGUAUCCCCAGAGACUGGCCUGACCACUUCCUCCACGGACGAACGCAAGUCCCCUCGUCCAGAAGAUAGCCAUCUGAACCAUACCCAAGACCAUCCAUCAGACGGCGGCACCAACGCCGUCGAAGGCUCCCAUACCGCUCUAUUUGAAAACUACAGUGCCCAACUCACCUCCGUCUUUAUCCUCGAGUUCGGAAUCAUUUUCCAUUCCAUCUUCAUCGGCCUUACGCUCGCAGUCUCUGGCGAGGAAUUUAGAACCCUCUACAUCGUCCUAGUCUUUCACCAGACAUUCGAGGGCCUCGGUCUCGGCUCCCGUCUUGCCACCAUCCCGUGGCCCCAAUCAAAGCGCCUAACACCGUAUUUCCUCGCCAUCGCCUUUGGUUUGUCUACGCCAAUUGCCAUUGCCGUUGGCUUGGGUAUCAGAAACUCUUACCCCCCCGAAGGCCGCACCACCUUGAUUGUCAAUGGGAUCUUUGACUCAAUUUCUGCCGGCAUUCUGAUAUAUACCUCCCUUGUGGAACUGAUGGCCCACGAGUUCAUGUUCAGUACCUCCAUGCGCCGGGCGCCUAUUCGCACUGUGCUCCUGGCAUUUGGGCUGCUAUGUCUUGGGGCGAUGCUCAUGGCCCUGCUGGGAAAAUGGGCAUGA